UUCCUGUCUGGUCUCAGACAGACGAGGUUUCAUCUGUGUGUCUGACAGAAAACAUCAUUAAUUCAUUCAGAUCUCAGAGAAACGGUGAAGGAAACAUCUGGAUCAUUCCUGCUCUGCAGCCUGACAGCGUCAGAGGAGGAGGAAGAGGAGGAAGAGGAAGAGUAGGGUCCGACUGAUUCUGACUGAAACCAAUUCAACCAGUUGAUCUCUGACAGGAACCAUGAAGCAAACAUCUGCCAGGCUCCUGCUCUUUUUGACCCUGGAGCUGUUCUGCACACCCAGCCGAGCCGUUCGUCUGACUGUGAGUCCCAGCAGAUCUCAGUUCUUCCAAGGAGAAUCAGUGACUCUGAUCUGUGAGGAUGGAAACAGCUCUGAUGGAGGAACUGUGAGGAGAAACACAACCAGAGGAGCCAGUACUUGGUGUGGAAAUGGGUGGGGGAGAAAAGAUGGUUCUACCUGCAGCAUCAGCUUCGUGUACGCAUUAGAUACUGGCCUGUACUGGUGUGAGUCCAUGUCUGGAUCCUCCAGCAGCAGCAGCAGCAGCAUCCAGCUCUCUGUCUCUGGUGGAUCAGUGAUCCUGCAGAGUCCUGUCCUCCCUGUGAUGGAGGGAGAUGACGUCACGUUACGAUGCCAUGAUAAGACUUUCUCCAAACUCCCAGCUGCUUUCUAUAAAGAUGGCUCCUUCAUUGGUGAUGGACCUACUGGGAACCUGACCCUAAACCCAGUGAAGAGAUCUGAUGAAGGCCUCUACCACUGUAACAUCAGCGGUCAGGGAGAGUCUCCAUCCAGCAGGAUCUCUGUGGAAGGGAGAAUCACCUCCAUCUCUCCUCCACCUUCAUCCACCUCUACUCCUGACCUCCAGAACCUCCACAACAACAUCCAUUGUCUCAUUUUCUUCAGUGCUGCUGUUUCUCUGCUCUACCUGGUUCUGCUGGUUUAAUUUUUUUAUCCAGAUGAACCAUGAAGGUGAGAA